AUGCUGUCCCUAGUCCCCAUUCCGCAAAGCAAUCUUGACCCGCCCCGAUCCAUGACCAAGGCCAUGAUUUACAGGCCAUUUGUGCCUCAUGCUUCAAAAGCUGACCGCAAAUCUAUAACAGGCCAAAAUCAGUCCCAACAAGCAACCGAUUAUGGAGUGAGGCCAAGCGACAUCAAGCUUGAUUUGACCGCAGGUCAGGGUCGUCCAGAAUGGAUCUUCUCCGCGUACGCACCUAACAAAGACGUCCCGCGCCAGCUAUUCGGCGGUGCGCACCGCGAGCGGAGCAUGGAAGAGAUGAGACUUCGACAUUAUGAAUUGGCAGCUGCUGGAAACCUAGACCAAGCAGUUCAAGAAGCUUCAGCUUUAUGGCAGGAGUGUGUGCAACAGAUAGAAGUCUCACUGAAUGACCUGAAUGGUGCUGUCAAAUACAUCAUUGACGGCAAGGAUGAACAUCCCAAUCGAAUCGACAUCGUCGAGGGCAAAACGCAGGCUACUAUCGGUCAGGCACCAGCACCAUUCGGCCAGCCCUCUCCAUUUGGCCAGCAAAAUGCACCCAGCUCCGCUCCUGCAGCUGGAGCCUUCGGCGCUCCCUCUUCGACCUUCGGUCAGCCUUCUGGACUUGGCCAAUCCGGCGGAUUUGGCCAGACAUCUGCCAUGGGGCCGUCUCCGGCCUUUGGACAACCGUCUACAUUGGGCGGAUCUGCCUUCGGCCAACCUUCGACUCUCGGAGCGCAGCCUGCCUUUGGCAAGCCAGGAUUCAGUCAGCAAGCUGCAACUCCGAGCCCAUUCGGUCAACCUUCAGCCAUGGGAGGCGCCGCCCCAUUCGGUGCUCCAUCUGCCCCAGCCGCUCCAUCUCCCUUCUCCCAAAUCUCCCAGAACCAACAACCUGCUGCUGGUGGAUUUGGCCAGCCUACUGGACAACCAGCUCCAUCGCCUUUUGGCCAACCUGCUGGACAGCCUGCCCCAUCGCCAUUUGGUCAGCAAGCCCCAAAGCCGAACCCAUUCGGUGCGCCAUCGGCCCCAGCGGCAGCCGCGCCAUUCGGUGCGCCGUCUGCUGCAUCUCCCUUCGGCCAGGUGUCUCAGAACCAGCAGCCUGCUACCGGUGGAUUUGGUCAGCCUGCUGGACAACCAGCUCCAUCGCCUUUCGGUCAGCCCGCUGCUCAGCCUGCAGCGCCGAGCGUGCCAAGUGUACCGGUGCAGAACGCCAACGUCGGCCCCCGUGCAUUCAUCAAAAUCGAUAAUCCCCAAGACCUCAACCCUCUCCCACAGCUAGAAGGCGAGACUCGACAUAACCCGUCGACCAAGCAACUUGUAAUGUGGAAGGGUCGCCCCGUCAAGUAUGUUGAUAGCCAUCCAUGCUAUCUCCAUCCACAAGAUAACAAGACCUUUGUUCGAAUUCAUUUCCCCAAUGGACCACCGGAUGCUGCCAAUUUGAAGGAUUCUCAAGGCAAGCCCGAAGAGUACACUCCGGAAGUUGUCGAAGCGUAUCAGUUCUUCCUUCAGAAUGGCUACUUCAAGGACGGCAAUAUACCUGCUCUAGCGCCUCAACGGGAGUGGCUCAGCUUCGAUUUUUGA